CUUAGCUUCAUGGGAGAAGGGUAGAAUAAGGAUACGCUUUCGUCGCUCUCUGCCGCAUGUGGGCCAAUGCAAUCGUCCGUAAAUGGUAGGUAUACUCGAGUCCUGCCUGUGGUGAAGGUGUGUGGUUGGGAGAGGCGUAGAGAAAAAGUGAUGAGGGUUUACCAAGACCGCGGAGUCGCGCCGUUGAAGUGCCGAUGCGACGUCACUUCCCUUACCUUUUCCAACGAACUACCCCUCGUCAUCGACGGUGCUCCGACCCCACUUCACCGAUGAGGGGCGGGUUUUCUGUUCUGGCUGCUUGCUUGGAUGGAACACAACAUCACCCACUUCGGAGGUUGAUUGCAUUUGUAAGCUUGAGCUGUGCGAUAUCCACUAUAUUUAUUCUUAUUAGAGAGCUGAGAGGCGAGGGGUAUUUGGUUAUAUAACUAAGUUGCUUCACCUGAGUUGAGUUGGGAAGAAUCAAUCGUCUACAUACGUAUCGCAUUGUAUAGCUUCUUGUUGAGGAAUCGAAAGAACAACACCACACAUAAACCACAGAACACAUCACAAUGGCAUCCCAAGGCAAGAUCCAAAACGUCGGCGUCAUUGGCUAUGGCAUGUCCGCAAAGGUCUUCCACAUCCCCCUCAUCCAAACCACCCCCUCCUUCCGCCUCGCCGCCAUCGUGCAACGCAAGCCCACCGCCGACAACUCCGCCCCCGCCGACCACCCAACCGUAAAGCACCACACCACAACCGACACCCUCCUCUCCGACCCAACCAUCGACAUCAUCAUCGUCACCACCCCCCCCGACUCGCACUUCUCCCUCUGCACCGCUGCCCUCAAGGCCGGAAAGCACGUUUUCGUCGAGAAGCCCUUCGUGCCCACCUCCGCCGAGGCCACUGCGCUCAUCGAGACUGCGCGAACGGCUGGGAAGCUGAUCUGCGUGUACCAAAACCGCCGCUGGGAUAGCGAUUUCCUGACCUUCAGGAAACUGCAGAAGGAUGGCACCCUGGGACGCAUCGUGGAGUUCGAGACGCACUUUGAUCGUUAUAAGGCUGUUAAGCCGGAGACGUGGAAGGGACAGCUGGAGAUGGAUAAUGGUGGGGGUGUGAUCUAUGAUCUCGGUACCCAUUUACUGGACCAAGCGUACGUAGCAUUCGGACUUCCCGUCGACGUCACGGGGAUCUUUUCGAACCAGCGCGGCGAGGGCGAGGGCGCGGAGCCAGACGCAUUCACAGUGCUGUUGAGAUACAAGGACGGCCUCCUCGUGACUGCUAAGGCGGGGAUAAUGUCCAUCGACACCGCGCAGCUGCGCUACUGGGUCCGCGGCACAGAGGGGUCGUAUAAGAAGCACCACCUCGAUUGUCAGGAGGACCAGCUGAAGGCGGGCUUGAAGCCGGGGGAUAAGGGGUUCGCGGUGGAGGAUAAGGAGGCGUCGGGGACGUUGGUGAGGAUGGUGGGGGGGAAGCCGGUGAAGGAGGUGUUCGAGAAUAUCGAGCCGGAGACUUAUGGCGCGCUUUAUAGGGGGUUUGCGGAGGCGGUGGAGAAGGGGGAUGAGGGGCUUGUGCCGGUUAAGGCGGUGGAGUCGAGGGAUGUUUUGAGGAUUAUUGAGGCGGCGAGGGAGAGUGCUAAGACUGGGAAGGCUGUUAAGCUGUAAAGCGUCCCUGAGAAAUAGGGUUAGUUAGUGGUAUAUAUUCUCAGGUUUUGCAAUUUAUACACUUUCAAAAAG